AUGUCUGCCAAUCCAGGAAACGUUGUCGGAGGCCACAAGGCAAACCUCAACAACCCAAACACGUCCGACGAAUCCAAGCAGCACUCUAAGGAGGUCCUUCAGGAGAUCGAGAACGGUGGUGAUGCGAGCGCCGUAUCUUCUUCCAGUGGAGACAAGAACCCCAACAACGUUGCUGGUGGUCUUAAGGCUACGCUGAACAACCCCAACACCUCCGACGAGGCAAAGCAGAGCGCGAAGGAGAGGCUUGGUCAGGAGUAA